UGACGGCAGCUGCCGCAGCAGGGAGUGCGGAGGAAUUGCGUGGUCGCGGCUCGGGGCCGGUGGCCGCUAUGGAGGGUGGUGGUAAUACGUCUAGGGGUUCCGGGCUUGGCAGCCUCUUCGGGGCUGGGGGCCCGGGCUACUCGCACGCAGACCUGGCUGGCGUGCCCCUGACUGGAAUGAGCCCAUUGUCUCCUUAUUUAAAUGUGGACCCCAAGUAUUUAAUACAGGAUACAGAUGAGUUUAUUUUACCUACAGGAGCUAACAAAACUCGGGGCAGGUUUGAGUUGGCCUUUUUCACCAUUGGAGGCUGUUGUAUGACAGGGGCUGCAUUCGGUGCACUAAAUGGUCUGCGGCUGGGUGUGAAGGAAACACAGAGCAUGGCCUGGUCCAAACCUAGAAACGUGCAAAUUUUAAAUAUGGUGACAAGGCAAGGGGCACUUUGGGCCAAUACUCUGGGAUCUUUGGCUCUGCUUUACAGUGCAUUUGGAGUGAUCAUAGAGAAAGCACGAGGUGCAGAAGAUGACUUGAACACUGUAGGUGCUGGGACCAUGACAGGAAUGCUGUAUAAAAGCACAGGUGGGGUGCGUGGAAUAGCACGAGGAGGCAUUGCAGGCUUGCUGCUUACUGGUCUCUAUGCUCUCUAUAACAACUGGGAGCACAUGAAGGGCUCAGUAGCACGACAGUCUCUCUGAGCAGAAUUUAUGAGGACUGGAGAUAGGAAAUGCUUAUGUAGUUCACCAAUCAAAUUGAUUGCAAAAAAAUCAGUCUGUUGUUCCUUCAUAUUUUAUAUACAAUGUGUGUGAAGCUGAAUGGCAGCUGUUGUACUGUGAGAGUUUGACACCUUUUACUGGGACUGGCACUUCAUUUCCAGCCAGCAGACUGCUGGAAGCAGUAGUACCUGGAGGACCAGCAAAGUGGCCAUUAACCUCCUUCUGAAGGCACAGUUACUUGGCUCUACAUCUUUGUCAUAUGGGCCUGAACUAGGUCUGCUUCCCUAACAUGGGUCAUGAAAUUAUCAGUGCUGUGCCACCAGGUUUGUUCAGUUAUGUGUACUAUGAUAGCACUGCUUUAUGACUAAUAAAAUGUGCACCUAGAGCAAAACACUGCAUUUCUUCCAACAGAAGCAAAUGGUGCUGUAGCCAAUGUCACUUCAGCUGGAACAAAUUGGAACCCUAGUCAGUAGUGGAAAAACUGUAGAUGAGGUUCUUACAGAUUACAGCA